AGCAGAAAGCUGUUUAUUUUCUGUUACAUCACUUCGCUUUGCCUUCGAAGACUGGUCUGUGCUCAGUGUUUUCUGGUGAUGCAAGUCAGCUCUCUUCCUCUAGCAGUUGGAUCGCUCCCAUCUCACAGCACCUCACAGGUCUCUUCCUCGGAGCAGUGCGCUGCUGAAGCGAGGAGCUGCUCACGAAUCAGCUGCAGGUCCCUGUUUUGAAAAGCAGAGGUACAGAGGCAGAGGAAGAGGGUGGACUUCUGUGUGACCUGUUCUUAGAGCAAGACAAUCACCAUCCGAAUUCCAGAAGCCCAGUUCAUGUGUGGGGAUAUUUUUUCGACUACAUGGAAUCAGAAAGAAGCAAAAGGAUGGGAAAUGCCUGCAUUACCCUGAAAAGAAUUGCUUAUUGCCUAUGUCUCUUAUCUGCGCUUUUGCUGACUGAGGGGAAGAAACCAGCGAAGCCAAAAUGCCCUGCUGUGUGUACUUGUACCAAAGAUAAUGCUUUAUGUGAGAAUGCCAGAUCCAUUCCACGCACCGUUCCUCCUGAUGUUAUCUCACUAUCCUUUGUGAGAUCUGGUUUUACUGAAAUCUCAGAAGGGAGUUUUUUAUUCACACCAUCGCUGCAGCUCUUGUUAUUCACAUCAAACUCCUUUGAUGUGAUCAGUGAUGAUGCCUUUAUUGGUCUUCCACAUCUAGAGUAUCUAUUCAUAGAAAACAACAACAUCAAGUCCAUUUCAAGACAUACUUUCCGGGGACUAAAGUCUUUAAUUCACCUGACACAGGUGGAAGGUUUUAACCCCUUAUGGAAACUGAGUCCAAGUGAGCUGGCCUUUUAUCUCAGGAUUUCCCCAGUUGAAGGGGCUCAUGGGAGCAACUGUCAAGCAGAGGAAGGCAUCUUUUCUGCAUUGUUGACAGCAUGGAGAUCUUGCCUAAGGAGCCUCGCAAACAACAAUCUCCAGACACUCCCAAAAGAUAUUUUCAAAGGCCUGGAUUCUUUAACAAAUGUGGACCUCAGAGGGAAUUCAUUUAAUUGUGACUGUAAAUUGAAGUGGCUGGUGGAAUGGCUCAGCCACACCAAUGCAACUGUCGAGGACAUCUACUGUGAAGGACCCCCAGAAUACAAGAAGCGCAAAAUCAAUAGUCUUUCCUCCAAGGAUUUUGAUUGCAUCAUUACAGAAUUUGCAAAGUCUCAAGAUCUGCCUUAUCAAUCACUAUCCAUAGACACUUUUUCUUAUAUGAAUGAUGAGUAUGUUGUCAUUGCUCAGCCUUUUACUGGAAAAUGCAUUUUCCUUGAAUGGGACCAUGUAGAAAAGACUUUCCGGAAUUACGACAACAUUACAGGCACAUCCACUGUAGUGUGCAAGCCUAUAGUCAUUGAAACUCAGCUGUAUGUUAUUGUGGCCCAGCUGUUUGGUGGCUCUCAUAUCUAUAAGCGAGAUGGUUUUGCAAACAAAUUCAUAAAAAUCCAGGAUAUUGAAAUUCUCAAAAUCCGAAAACCCAACGACAUAGAAACAUUCAAGAUUGAAAACAACUGGUACUUUGUUGUUGCUGAUAGUUCAAAAGCUGGUUUCACUACCAUUUAUAAGUGGAAUGGAAAUGGAUUCUACUCCCAUCAAUCCUUACAUGCCUGGUACAGGGACACUGAUGUGGAAUAUUUAGAAAUAGCCAGAACACCUUUGACACUUAGAACGCCUCAUUUAAUCCUGUCCAGUAGUUCCCAGCGUCCUGUAAUUUAUCAGUGGAACAAAGCAACACAGUUAUUCACUAACCAAACUGAUAUUCCUAACAUGGAAGAUGUAUAUGCAGUAAAGCACUUCUCAGUGAAAGGUGACGUGUACAUUUGUUUGACAAGAUUCAUUGGUGAUUCCAAAGUCAUGAAAUGGGGAGGCACCUCAUUCCAGGAUAUUCAGAGGAUGCCAUCACGAGGAUCUAUGGUGUUCCAGCCACUUCAGAUAAAUAAUUACCAAUAUGCAAUUCUUGGAAGUGAUUACUCUUUUACUCAAGUGUAUAACUGGGAUGCAGAGAAAGCCAAAUUUGUGAAAUUUCAGGAAUUAAAUGUUCAGGCACCAAGAUCGUUCACACAUGUAUCUAUUAAUAAGCGUAAUUUUCUUUUUGCUUCCAGUUUUAAGGGAAACACACAGAUUUACAAACAUGUGAUAGUUGACUUAAGCGCAUGAGACACCAAAUCCUGAGGCUGCCAUAAAAACUUUCUACAAUACAUGACCUGGAUGAACUCAAUGCAUGAUGACUCUUCUUAUCACACUUGCAAAUGAAUGCCUUUUAAACAUUGAAACUGCUAGAACCAAGCACUACCAAUACUCCAUUCCUAACUGUCCAAUCCAGUGGUGUGGGAAGUUACCUUUUAUAGGACAAAAUUUAAUUGUGUAACUGUUCUUUGCAGUGAAGAUGUGUAAAUAAGUGUUUAAUGGUAUCUGUUACCCCAAAAAGAAAUAUUAAUAUGUACUUUUCCAUUUAUUUAUUCAUGUGUUCAGAAACAACUGCCAAAUAAAAUGUUUACAUUUUCUUUCAUAUCCCAAAGGUAAUUAUUUACAGGAGUUGUUUAUUCUUCUUGAUGGUAUGUUGAGGAAAUAGUUUCAUACAAUAAGAUUAUAUUUGGAUGAAGGACUUACAGUGUAAAUAUUGAGUAAAGAUAAAACACUGAGAUUUAUCACGCCAUAAUUUACAAACAGGUUUAUCUAUGGCUGUAUCAGCUGCUUUGGAAUGUUCAAAGGUGUUACCAGAGGUAAUGGAUUUUAGGGACACUCUGAAGUGAAAUUUUGACAAAUUAAAACAAGAGUAGGUAAAUUUUGCCUGUUACAGAAAGGCUAAUUUGAAAUAAAGAUGAAGAAAAUUCCUCCUUUCUUGUUUGAUAGCCGAGGCUAAAAUACAUUAUUCAGAUAAUUUAUAGAAAAAUUAAAAAUUAAGCUUUAUGAUUUAAAAAUCCCUAUUCAGGGGCUGUCAAAAUGUCUGACUCUAGAAUUAUCUGGCAGUAUAUAGAAAUUAUAACUUUAUAGCACUUGCCUCAAAUUUACCUACUAUGAAUUCCACUAAUCUAAUCAAGUAUGCUGCACAUUUAGGCAGUAAUUUUGAUGUUAUUGACCUGCUGCACAGUGUCCAGAAGGUUCAUCUUUGAUUUUUCUGGAUUCCUGCUUCUAGAUCAUAUGGGUCCUUGGCACCUUGCACAAUGCCUGUGAUAUAUCAGGCUGUCAGAAGAAGCAGAUGGGCUCUUCUCUCACACUAAACAUUAUCAGGCCUAAUCAGUCAGUAUCUACUGGGCACGUAUUAAGAAUGAAGUAUGAUGGGGGAGUAUUAAGGAAGAGCAGUCUCUGAUCAUUGCUCUCUGGGAUCUUAAGAGAAGAAUUGGAUUACAAUAAAAAAUCUAGAAGAGCAAGCAGUGAGUGCCAGGAAUCAUGUGAACAUUUCAGAUUAUAAACAUCAUGAGAAAAAGAGUAUCAUGGGAGUGUUAAGUAUAACUUCCAAGACAUUGUCAUCCUUGUUUAAAUUUAAAGGGAAAGUAUGCUUUCAGGAAGAGAUCAUGACAGAGAAGAUAUUCCUGGCAGAAACUAGUUGUGUGUGCUCCCUUUAUGGAGGGAAUCAAGGUUUGCUCCUACUCCUUGGCCCCCGGACUCUUGCCAUACUACUGGGUAACGGGAGGCAGGCAGCAGCCUCUCUGCCCAGCACAAAUCUGGCAGACCAAAUCAUCAAAGGCACACACAAUAUUUACACAGCCUCUUGGCAGCAACACCCUGGGGAGUUAUGAGAACAACAAUCAGAUUUCUUUAUCCAUACGGAAAAGAUAUUAGAUCUUUAUAUCAGGGUUAUAGAGGAAAAGAACAUUUACCCUCUCUUGACCCUACACCUAGGAAGAACUAGCCUUGAAAUGUCUCUUACUUUCACUCAGUUCUCUUUUUCUAUGAGCAGAAUUGUAUUCUGUUUUAUACAGACUGGGUUUAAAUCCAGCUAUGCCAUGCAAUGGCUUUGUCCAGCAGCAAGUUACUUAACUGAGCUGAGCCUGUACUUCCUUUGAAAGGAGUGAAAAUAAUACCUACAUUCAAGAACAAGAGAAGAAUUAAAUAAGGAAUCACAUGUGCAGCACACUGUAUUUUCCAAGUAUGGCCACAACCAUUUUUCCCACACCCCCGUGCUCUGUAAGACCCUCGCCCCACCUCAUCAAGAGGUGGUGCCUAAGUCACCUGUCCUAUCCAGGUGGGUUUGUUACUUGCCUGUAACCCACUGAAUGUAAUGGAAACCUUGCAGUUUGAAUUCUGACGCGGUCACAGAAAUGGUGAAGCUUCUGCCUUAUCAAUUUGGACACUGUUCAUGGACCCCUAAUCAGCUAUGUACAAAGUUAUACUAGCAUAAGGCCACUACUCUGUGCUGACGUCCAGGCUCUAUGAAGAAACCACUUGUUGGUGCUUUGGCCAAGUGCUCCAGCUAAUAUCUCACCAACAGCCAUCACCAACCACCAGUCCUGUGAGUGAGGAUGGUUUCAGUGGUUCCAGCUCCUGCUGUCAAGUGACAACCAGAUAUCAGACCUUCCCAAGUGAGGCCACAGACAUUAUGGAGCAGGAAAAAGCCAUCCCCAUGGUACUCUGUCCAACUUCUUGACCCAUAGACUCUGAUAGCAUAAUAAAAAUGUUGUUUUA